AUGCGGCCGUUUGGUUGGACGCUGGCGUGUGUGUUGCUCGCGACUAUUUUUCCAAAAGCCGCGAUCCUGUCGAGCGUGGAGAGUGUUGGUGUCGCGACAGGGAACAAGUAUGAAGCUGGACGCGCCAAAGUCACCAAACUACUGCCCAUUUCCAAGGACAGUGUCACGGAUCCUGAUAUAGAGGAGCUUAGAAUUCACGAGAAUGUUGAAUAUUCAGAAAGGACACGUAGAGAAGCUAGAACGUUCGGCCACAAGCGAAUCCAAUUCAUGUUGAUGCCGAUGAUGUACAAGAUGGGUGUGAUGAUGACCAUGUUGACCGUGCUAACAGCGAUCUCGCUGAAAGGACUGCUCAUCGGUGGGAUCCUCCUGAUACUGAAAUUGAGCACGAUAAUAGCAAAGUUCUCCUCCGGUUGGCAGCACCAUACACCAAACGCGCAACCGAUUCACGUACACGUACACAACAGCCUACCAACCGCACACAGUCAAGCUUACAGCGGCUGGAUGCCGCACAGUGGUCCAGACGGGGACGAACACUACUAUUACAGAGGCUAA